GCUACGAUGAUCACUAGAAGGGGAAUACUCGUUUUAACUAUAAUUUUGUCUACGUUUAGCUUAUUAUUGUUAUUAAAUAAAAGCAGUCAAUUAAGUAGCUCAGAUUUCUCACACCUUCGCUCGACUUUCAGUCAUAGGCCUGCUAUAUAUAAAUAUCCAACACAACUACCUGAUCUACCUGAUCAGUUAAGCUCUAGACUAGCAGAUAUUCUGGAUCAACCUGCUCUCAAUCACACCGAAGCAUAUGAUACAAACUCAGCAAUUUGUUUACCAAAAACUCACGAGUUACUGGGUGAUACGCAGCAAUUGAAAGAAGAAUUAGAAAAUUGGGAAAAUGUCACACCAGAAGAAAUAUUAAAUAUUAGAUCCCAAAUUAUCAAUCAUUUGGAAGUUCUUGGUGACGACGCAGUUUACGAUUUCGAAAAAGCUGGUUUAGCACGUAAUGAGACAACUAGGGGUUUAGUUAUUACAGCAGGCAAUAAGGAUACACAUCAAAGAGCUAUCACUUCUCUCAAACUGCUCAGAAACAUGAACUUUACCUGGCCGGCAGAAAUUUUUCAAUACCGUGACGAGCGUUUGUCUACGGAUAUUAACGCUACAUAUGCCUCAUUGAAUGCAACUGUCAGAUACAUUGAUGGUGUAACAAAGGACGUUAGAAGUGAUGAUGAGCAUAAUUAUCAAAUAAAGGCUCACGCAAUCCGUGACUCUUCAUUUAGAGAGGUUCUUUACAUGGAUAGUGAUAACAUCCCGAUUAGAAAUCCUGAUGUUCUCUUUGAAGAUCCGAUGUACUCUGAUUCUUCCUCUCCAAGAGUCACAUUUUGGCCAGACUUCCAGAAAGACCACCCUGCAAACCCAAUUUGGAGAAUAUUAGGUAUUCCAUGCAAAUCAGAUGAAUGGAGAAUUGACUCAGGUCAAAUAAUGUUCGAUAAAGCUGGUAACGAUGGAAUGAACUUGGCUGCACUUCACAUUGCUGCUUUCAUGGCAGACAAUCACAAAUAUUGGUUCAAAUUAGCUGGUGGUGACAAGGAUACUUUCAGAUACGCCUUCCAUUUCCUUAGAAUACCAUACGUCCAUGCGCCAAAUUGGUUAGCUGCAGGUGGUGCACCAACUCCAAUCAGCAGAGACAAAAAUAUCAGGUUCUGUGGUCACACUAAGAUUCAAUUUGAUUUGAACACAUUCGAACCAAGACCAGUAUUCGCUCACGCACAGUUACUCAAGGGUGCUAAUUCAGACACUACCACACCAAGUCAAGUAUUCGCUAGCGUGAAGAAGAGCAGCAAGGCUUUAGCAAAUAAGCCAUCGUCUGGCUCAGCAAUUGAAAUUUAUGAUGGACCAAGAGGUAAAUGUUUCAACCUUCUUGGAGGUAAAAAGGAUAGUUACGAAAUUUGGCUAGAAGAUUUAAUGAGAUUUGGCACCGACCCCGCUUAUCAUGGAUGGAGAACAGCAAAGUGGGAACGUCAAUGGAGACAACAAGGAGGUUUCGUCGGAGGUUGGUAAGGGUGCUGUUAGAUGUUAUUCAAAUUCAUUAUAUCCAAUAUGGACGAGAUAAAUCGGCUAUAUUUAAUUAACAGCAGAGUACCCCUAUCAAAAAUACAUCAUAGACAUCAGUAGCUCGUUUCUCUAUUUGCAUUUCUAUUUCCUCAGGAUUAAUUAUAAUUUGAGUUCGAUAGUUUGUUGAUCUCAUAACAGCAUGUAUUUAUAUUUCUCAUGAUUUUAUU